AUGGACGACACCGUUGGCGUAUCCAAGAAUCCCAAUGUGAUUGGAGACAGCCUGUCUUUCGCCGAGCUGAUGCGAAGAGACUUUUGGGGUCUUCCGAUGCAUGGGUCUGGCUGGACAAACAAGUCUUUCCGGCCGCUGACCACGCUGACCUUCCGUUGGAACUAUUUGCUGCAUGGCUUGAACUCCUGUGGCUUUCAUGCUACCAACAUCCUGAUGCACUGCCUGACUUCCUUGGUGGUAGGACGAACGGCCACUGUCGCGCUGGGUAUGUCAGGUUCGUGGGCGGCUUUGGCAUCGGCUUUUUUCGGAGUUCAUCCGGUCCACACAGAGAACGUCCUCUACCUGGUGUGCCGUGCUGACAUCUUGGCGUGCCUGCUGGGUCUUUUGGCCAUAAAUGCCUAUGCUGCCAGCUUUAGUCCUCCCGCCGCUUUGAGGCCACUCUGGCCCACCUUGCGAAGUCGCCCCUUCGAUGCAGCUGUGGCGGUGCCGGGGAGUGGUACUACGCACAAUCCGCUGUGGAUGAUCUUCCCAGUGUUGCUGAUCAUUGCUAGUGGCCUUUGCAAGGAAUCCGGCUUCACCCUCUUUUCGAUCCCUAUGGGCAUGGAGUUGUUGGACUUCCUGGCUGCACAGGCCAUGGCUCGGUGUCAGAAAGAACGGCUCUCCAAGCGGGUCAUCCGUCGCCUUAGGCUGCGCGCUGGCCUGCUGAUUGCCAGUACAUUCCUUGUGUUUGUGGCCCGCUAUCGUCACACUGGAGGAACCUCGCUAAACAUGUCACCACAAGACAAUCCGAUCAGCUUUGAGUCCGACCGAAAGGCCAGGAUUCUGUCCUAUUCAUUCCUGCAUGGCGUCUACAUGCGGCUCUUGGUGUGGCCCCAGUUUCUUUGCUAUGACUAUUCCAUGGAUGCUAUCCCGAUGGUGCGGGAUUUCUUUGACUGCCGCAUGAUGCUGCCACUUUCAGCCUAUGUUGGUUUUAUGGCAUCUCUGAGCUUUGUGAUGCAGCUGCCUGCACGACACCGGCGAUCUGGGCUCAUCGCUAUGGCACUUCUGGCUGUGUCCUUCUUGCCUGCCAGCAAUAUUCUGUUCCCUGUUGGGACUGUGGUUGGAGAACGGCUGAUGUAUGUUCCUUCGGCUGGUUACUGUUUGGCCGUUGUGGUUGUCCUACAUGCGUAUUUGCAGGGCACACUCAACAAACCUCCUAUUCCUCACCGCCUAGAACCAACCAAGAUUCAACGUGGCAAGGAGAUUCACAGCUGGGGCAUCGGAAGUGGUCGCCCUGAGGCGAUGCGACGAGCCUUCAAAGUUCUCCUGUUUGUGUCGUCUGGGAUGGCAGCCCUCUCAGUUCGAACCUGGGUCCGUGUCUGGGACUGGGAAUCCUCUGAAACGCUCUUCAUCAAAGAUGGGGCGCGGCAGCCAAACUCCUCCAAGACACAGUUCAAUCUGGGCAUCACUUACAUGCAGAUGCAGGAGUGGGAUGCUGCGGUGGAUGCAUUGGUGCGAUGUGCAUGGGCAGAUCCUUUGAGCUCACUGCCAUUCUAUCGAAUUGGGCAAAUUGAGAUCCUGCGCAAUCGGUUCGAAUCAGCAGAGAAGUGGCUCGCUGCCGCCAUUGACAAAUUUGGAGCAAGCCUGAUGGUGAGGGAUGAGGAGGUCUUCCACGACCUAGCUUUAGCGAUGUUCCAAAAUGGGAAAGUUGAGCAAGCAGAGACCAGGCUCCGGAUCUCUGUGCAGCUGAAUCCCGACUUCGCAACGGGAUGGAACAACCUUGGCUGCUGCCUAGCUUCCAAGUUGAACCUCCAUGAUGGUGCCCGUGCAGUUCGCAAGGCCGUCUCAUUGGAUCCUGAGAAUCCGCAAUACUGGGCCAACCUCGCGGUUCUCAGUCAACACCUGGGAGACUACUCCCUAUCCCAAUCCGCAAUGAGCAAUGCGCUGCAACUCUGGCCCAGUAUGCCUGAACAUCGCGACUGUGCUUGGGAGUUUGCCCCUGCUGGCUGA